AUGGAGUACAAUAGAAACUCCCCCACCACGAGCGGAGGGAACACACCCUCGAUUCCCAUCGGCGCGGAGGGAAAUUUUGCGGGGAUGAAUCCCCGGAUGGCGGGGAUGGGCGGUAUGCCGGUGAUGACUCCCCAAAUGUUCUACAAUAUGUACACUUGGAUGAGUCAAAUGGGUCAGAUGAUGCCAGGGGCAGCGGGUAUGCCGACAAAUAUGUCGGGGAUGGGUGGGACUGCGGGGAUGGGCGGUAUGCCGCCAAAUAUGGCGGGGGUGGGAGGGAUGGUGCCCGGGGCAGUGGGGAUGGGCGGUACGCCGCCAAAUAUGUCGGUGAGUGGAUCGAUGCAGCACAGGAGCCCGAGGACGCCUGGGGAAUCUGUCUAUCGGCCAUAUAUAGAUUUGUUGGCCGAUGACUCCCCUUCUUCUGUUCCGGAGACUCAGUACGCCGGCAUCGAGACUUUCUCUUUUGAGGAUCUGGGGCUAUCGCCGAUCCGUGAGACUCCCCAGGAGGCGGGGCCUGCAAGGGGCAGGAGAAAAAGCAAGGCCACGGCCAGGAGCGGGGGUAGGGGCAAGGGCAAAGUCCCGAGCUCUUCCUCACACACGGGGAUGGGAGGGGAGGAGGGUGUGGAUGAGACUGAGCGGAGGACGAUCUGGACCGUGUGGAAAAAUGUCGCGCUUGCGAAGGCAUGGAUCGGUAUUGUAGAGGAUCCCUACACCGGAGCGAACUAG